GGUAAAGGAGGCAACGUCUCUCCAUCCCUCCCUCCUUCCCUCCCUCUCUCCCUAACUCACUCAUUAGCAAGACUUUUAAUCAAGAAGAGAAAUAACCGUGAACAAUAACAACAUAACUACAACUACUUCUACUACUACUACUACUAUUGCUACUACUACAACUACGAAGAGGAGAGUGUUGAGUGGUGUUUGUGCUGGUGGUGAAGAAGUGACUGUAUUGGUGAUUUGAUAAGGGGUGGGGGGGGGGUGACGGUGGUGGUGGUGACGGUGGUGGUGACGGUGGUGGUGGUGGUGGCGGUGAUCAACAGAAGAAGGACGAAGUAAUGCAGAACUUUCUUCAAGACCCGCCCGGCGUGGUGGGGUGGCUCGCUAUGGACGCCCCCAAAGUCACGAACCUGCUGGCCGGACGUAAGUGGGUUUCGAAGUGGGGUCCCGCGAAGGUGGUGGACAGUGUGCUGAGAGGCGUGGCGCAGGUGGUCUUCGUCAACAACCCGGUCUCUGGUCUCCUGGUUCUCGUGGGUCUCUACCUCGCCGACGUGACUGUGGGCUGCGCGACCAUCUUCACAUCCCUAGUGGCUGUCUUUGUGGCAAAGGCCGUGCUCGCCCUGCCCAACAGUCAGAUGGGUGCGGGACUGCCGGUGUUCAGCGCGGUGCUCGUGGGCUCCGUCACCACCGCCCUCUACCCCGGCACCUUCCACGCCCCCCUCACGCCCGCCACCUGGGCCUACAUGGGGCUGGCCGCGGCGCUCAGCGUCUGCAUCUACGCUGGUCUCGGGCACAUCCUCGGCGCUCACGACCUCCCCGCCUACACCCUCCCUUUCAACAUCGCCACAUCCCUCAUAUUCUUGGGCAUGCAGGGGGCUGGGUACGAGGGGAGCGAUACUACAACAGCCCCCCCUGACCCCAGCCCCCUCGCCUCCACCGCCCUGCCCCUGGAUGCUGGGUUUAAUGGGUCGUAUGUGGGUCUGUUUGAUGUCUUCGGGGCUGUGUCAAGGGAGGAAGGGGGGGAGGAGGAGCUUCUGGAAUGGGAUAAGGUGUGGCUGGGGGCGCUGCUGUCGGCGGGUCAGGUGUGGGCGGUGAAGAGUGUGUGCUGCUCCGGGCUGGUGCUGCUGGCCAUGCUGCUGUGCUCGCCGCUGCUGACCGCCGUGUGCUGUGUGGGCGGCACGCUGGGCUCACUGACGGCGCUGGUGGUGUCCUCGCCUCCCCACGACCUGAUCUACUCGGGCGUGUGGGGGUACAACGGGUUUCUGGCGGCCGGGGCGAUGGUGUUCUUCGUGGUUCCCGGCCCUCGCGUUGUGCUGCUGGCGGUGCUCAACGCUGUGCUGGCCACCUUCACGCAGGCUGCCAUCACCCCCGUCUUUGCGCAGAACAACGUGCCAGUGUUCACCUUCCCCUUCUGCCUCGCCUCCCUCCUCCUGCUCGCCGCCGCCGCCUCCUCCUCCGCCUUCGCCCGUGUGACCUCGCCGACCUUCCCAGAGAUGCACCUUUAUAAGUAUAGACAGAAGGCCGCCUCGAUGGUAGAGAAGAAAGAAGAAAAAGAAGACACGGCAAGCGGUGGGUGCGUAGCUUGACACACACACACACCUCCAGCUCGUCUCCACACAUGAUGCACGCCGUACUCUCGUUGUUAAAUCUUUUCCUAUCUCAGCCUCAUGUUAUUUGUUCUGCAGUUGAAGAGGAUGGCCGUUACAAAGGCUAUAGUUACUAACAAAAGGUGUGACCACCAGACAGACAGACAGACCAAGGACGAGGAAAAAUUUGACAACAGCAAAACGAACUGAAGUACGUUAUUUAGGUGUGUAGGGAUUGUCAGGCCACCACCGCCCUUCCUUCACCACCACCACCACCGCGGCGAGGAGGUUGUCAAGCCACCACCGCCCUUCCUUCACCACCAUCGCCACCACCGCGGCGAGGAGGUUGUCAAGCCACCACCGCCCUUCCUUCACCACCACCACCGCGGCGAGGAGGUUGUCAAGCCACCACCGCCCUUCCUUCACCACCAUCACCACCACCGCGGCGAGGAGGUUGUCAAGCCACCACCGCCCUUCCUUCACCACCAUCGCCACCACCGCGGCGAGGAGGUUGUCAAGCCACCACCGCCCUUCCUUCACCACCACCACCGCAGCGAGGAGGUUGUCAGGCCACCACCAUCACCACCACCAGCGGCAUGGUGGCUGCAGGGAUGGGGGUGAGUCCUCAGUCAGAAUAUGCCCUCAUUUAAAUCUCAUAUAUUACUUUACUUCUCUAGGUUCACCAGCACAUCAUAUAUACUGCAUGGUAAUUCUUUACAAGAAGUCCGCCUCACCCUCCGCCACUCCAGCCCCCUACCCCUGGGGACCUAUGGGGAACCAGGGUUUUAGGGGAAAGGCAAAAUCACUGAAAAAUGGGCUUCCAAUAUUUCCCUAGAAAAAUCCCUAAAGUAGGGAAAAUUCUCUAGUCUCGAAAGUAAGUGAAGUCCGUAACGCAUACUCUUGUAAUCUAUUCCAAUAUAACCUAGCAGCCACAGCAGCCGGUCUGUUGACGAGUGUCGGGCAUAUAAUUAGAUGCCCAGCGUAGUGGCCGCCGCCGCCCCACUCCGUCCCGCGUUGUGUACCUGCGUAAUUUUUGAUGGCCCACACUGCAUGUCAAAUAUAUUUAAACUAUUCCUACCGAACUUUAUAACCUAACUGCUAAUGUGGGGGGGCUUCGCCCCCUCGACCCCCCUCCUAACCAGGACCCACCCCAUAUUCCUAUUGACCUUUCCCACACUCUUAUAAACACUUCCUACGACGUUUCAUCGUUACGACGCAGUCCCAAUAAACGAUUCUAUAAUUCUUUUUUCGACUUCUAACAUUUGCUUCGUAAAUACGAACUUCGGGCAGUAAUUAGUUUAUUGACCGGGGCGGAAAAUACUCAGAGAAAGGACAAUAUGAGCGUAGCUCACUUCCUUUAUAUCACAACUAGGUAAAUACAGGGAAGGGGAAAGAGAGGAGAGGGACAGAGUGAGUGAUAAAAAAAUGCAGAUAGAGAAUGUAAGAAGGGAGAACAAGGAAAAGGAGUGGAGGAAACAGGGAGAGAUAGAGAGGAUGCAAACAAGAAGAAAGGAGACGGGUGUGGGGAGGGAGGGGCAGUAGGGAGAGUCAUGUCAGAGCUUCUGUCAGCACAUGACCUGACUCUCACUUUUGCCUCUCCCUCCCCUCACCCUUCCCAUAUCCUCUCCUGUGUGUGUGUAUUUACCUAGUUGUAGUUUUACAGCACCUGGGCUUACGCUUGUGUGGUCCCGUUUUAAUGAAGAAAUUUUCUAUUCACUUUUUCUAUUACUCUCUUGGUCCCACACGUCCUCUGCGUGCAUCGAAACACACAAGAAAUUAAUCACAACAAAGAGAGGGUAUUCCCCGGCUGCCUGGGACUGAACCCGAGACCAGCGUGACAGGAGAGCCACUCCUCCCCGAGUCGGCCAAAGAGGUACCCCGCUGGCUCAGUGGGUUAUGGGAGGCUCGUUCAUCAGGCAUAGUCGCCGCACUACACCGUGUCCGUAUCUUUAUUUGUCCAACUUUUCCUUAAAGCUUUGCACACACUUUGCUGAUACUACAUCUUCACUUAGUCUGUUCCAAACCUCUAUAUUUCUUUGCGGGCCAUACUCCAUUUCCAAAUCUUGUUCAGGUCUUCUUGCAGAAUUUCAGUCUUACUGUUUCUUAUAUAUCUUAAGAGUUUUGCAUCAUCUGCAAACAGGCUCAUAUAACUGUUAACUCCCUCUGGCAUAUCAUUUACAUAUACUAGGAAAAGUACUGGUGUCAAUACCGAUCCCUGAGGCACUCCACUCUCUACAAUUCUCCAUUCCGAUUUAAUUUCCUUUACCACUGUUCUCAUCUCUCUUCCCAUUAAGUAGCUUUCCAUCCUGGCCCGAAUUCAUCAAUCUUACCAGCCACACCUCCGGUAUCUCUCACAUUUACCGGAGCGCUACCAGAGCUGCGGCAUCUUUCAGACAUGGGAUUCAUCAACGGUAUGGUAAUGCUCCAGUAACUCGCACCCUAGCAACGAUUGGUUGGGCUGGAUAGCCAAUUACGUGCGACCUUUAAUGCUGUAUUUCAGCUUUCACGUGUCGUUUGUUUACCAAUACACAGACUUAAAAAUCAAGACGUGUAUUGUACAGGCGUAAAUACUGCCUUAAAACAAAUAAUUAGCAUUUUAAUCCCUCAAUUAGAUGUGUUUUUUACGUAUGAAUGCACGUUACAGGUAACUCGAUUUACGCGAGUUUGGUUUACGCGUUUUUUAAAUAAUGCAGGGUUCAAAAUACAAAGAAAUGUUUAAAUUA